AUGAGAUGCUUAAGACUUUUUCUUUGCCUUUCUUUACAGAAGAGAAAUGCUGCUGGUGUGCACACCAAAGGAAUUGAAAUCUACUGGGUGAAGAUUGAUUGCAGAGUUACUUCCCGGUUUUCCCGUAAUGUCAUCACCAGUCGUGCUGUCAAUCGUGCCAAUGUGUCCAAGGAAGCUUUCUUUGAUGUGGAGCUUCCUAAAACAGCCUUCAUUACAAAUUUUACCAUGACAAUUGAUGGUGUCAUCUAUCCUGGAAUCAUAAAGGAAAAAGAAGUUGCCCAGAAGCAGUACCAGAAAGCAGUUUCAAGUGGACAGACCGCAGGUCUCGUAAAGGCCUCUGGAAGAAAAACAGAAAAAUUCAGUGUUUCAGUCAACAUUGCUGCAGCCAGCAAAAUCACUUUUGAGCUGACCUAUGAGGAACUGCUGAAGAGAAACUUUGGGAAAUAUGAGAUGUUCAUAAAAGUAAACCCAAAGCAACUGGUGAAUAAAUUUGAGAUUGAUGCACACAUAUUUGAGCCUCAGGGUAUCAGCGAUCUCGAAGUAGAAGGAACAUUCAUCAAUAAUGACUUGUUACCAGUGGUAAAGAAGUCUUUCUCAGGAAAAAGGGGCCAUGUUUCAUUCAGUCCAACCAUUGAUCAACAACGAACCUGUGGCAAUUGUACAACCUCUCUGUUGCAAGGAGAUUUUGUCAUAAAGUAUGAUGUGAACAGAGAUUCUCCAAAUAACUUACAGAUUGUCAAUGGGUACUUUGUACACUUUUUUGCACCAAAAAAUCUUACACGUUUGCCUAAGAAUGUUGUAUUUGUAAUAGACCAUAGUGGCUCCAUGUGUGGACGGAAAAUUCAGCAGACAAGGGAAGCACUAAUAAAAAUAGUUGAAGAUUUAAAUCCAGAUGAUCACUUUAAUCUGGUACCAUUUGAAAGCAGAGUUUCUACAUGGAAAGAUACUUUAGUCAAAGCUACUCCUGAGAAUGUGAAUGAAGCAAAGCAAUUUAUCCAGACAAUUACUUGUAGUGGAUCAACAAAUCUUCAUGGUGGUUUAAUGACUGCAAUUGAGAUGCUGAAUAAAGCUCACCAAAAUGGCACUGUGCCUGCAAGAAGUGCUUCCUUAAUUAUCAUGUUAACAGAUGGUCACCCUGAUGGAUGUAAGUCUACAGCCAGAAUUCAUCAUGAUGUUCAAGAAAAAAUCCAAGGAAAAUAUCCCUUAUACAAUCUUGGGUUUGGUUAUGAUCUUGACUACUCAUUUUUAGACAAGCUGGCAAAAGAAAACAAUGGAUUGGCUCGUCGCAUCUAUGAAGACUCUGAUUCAGCCUUACAGUUACAGGGUUUUUAUGAUGAAGUGGCCAAUCCCUUGCUUACUGAAGUGACAUUAGAGUACUCUGAAAAUGCCAUUUCUGACUUGACUCAAAACAGUUUUAAGCACUUUUAUGAUGGCUCGGAAAUUGUUGUAGCUGGACGAAUCAUAGACAACGACCUGAACUUUUUUACUACAGAGGUGAAAGCUCAUGGGGCAUUUGAUGAUCUGACUUUCUCUGAGCAAGCAGAUAUUGAAGAAACAGCUAAAGCUCUCGAAGACCAGAAGUACAUUUUUGAGGACUAUAUUGAGAAGCUCUGGGCUUAUCUCACUAUUAAUCAGCUUCUGGAAAAACGUACUACAGCAACGGGAUAUGAAAAGUCAAAUCUUACUGCUGAAGCCCUGGAGAUGUCUCUGAAAUAUAAAUUCGUGACUCCUCUGACAUCCAUGGUAGUCACAAAGCCAGAAGACAAUGAAGAUAAAGAGGCAAUUGCUGACAAGCCUGUAGAAGCUGAAGCAACACGUGCUUCUCAAUCAUACACUUAUCAAAGCCCACAAACAACCACGUAUACAAGUGUUGAUGGAGACCCACACUUCAUUAUAGCUAUGCCGCAGAAGGAAGAUGCCCUUUGUUUUAAUAUUAAUGAGGACCCAGGCACUGUGUUAAAUCUAAUCAGAGACCCAGUUACAGGCGUUACAGUCAACGGGGAGCUUAUUGGAGAUGAGAGGACCAGUAAUGAUGCAGCACUACAUAACACUUAUUUUGGGAGACUUGGAAUCGUAAAUGUGCAACUGAACUUAAAGCUUGAAAUAACGCCAAAGAAAAUCACCCUCUACAAUGGCUCAAAGCAAAUGUCAUUCACUUGGCUUGAUGAAGGAACCUUACGGAAUUCAGGUUUCACUCUGAAAAUUAUCAAGAAAAGGAGUUUGGAAGUCUCACUAGGAGCUGGAGCAAGAUUUAUGGUGAUUUUGCAUCAAGCAUGGAGGAAAAAUGGGGUACACCAGGACUUUCUAGGAUUCUACACAGUGGACAGUCACAGAUUGUCUGAACAUGCCCAUGGCUUAUUAGGGCAGUUCUUUCACCCAAUUGAUUUUGAUAUCCUGGAAGUCCACCCUGGAUCUGAUCCUCAGAAACCAGAUGCCACCAUGAUUGUCAAAAAUAAUCAGCUGACAGUUACCAGAGGGUGGCAGAAAGAUUACACAGAAGACGUUCGGCAUGGAACAAAUGUCCCUUGUUGGUUUAUUCACAACAAUGGUGAAGGUCUAAUUGAUGGCACAUACACAGACUAUAUUGUUUCCAGUCUGUUUUAG